ACCAUUCCAUUGUGGAGAUAAGUCAAAAUGAAAAGAGGAAGAGCGGGAACGUUGAAAAACAAGAUGAGAAUCACGCUUUCCCUCCCCGUGGGGGCUCUCAUCAACUGCUGCGAUAACAGUGGAGGAAAAAACUUGUACAUUAUUGCCGUGCAGGGAUUUGGCUCAUGCUUGAACAGACUGCCCGCUGCCUCACUCGGUGACAUGGUGCUAGCCACCGUGAAGAAGGGAAAACCCGAUCUGAGGAAAAAAGUGCUGAACGCAAUAAUCACGCGUCAGUCCAAGGCCUGGAGAAGACACGAAGGGUACUUCAUUUAUUUUGAAGACAACGCCGGUGUUAUUGUUAACCCCAAAGGAGAAAUGAAGGGAUCAGCAAUAACGGGACCCGUUGCAAGGGAAUGCGCGGAGUUGUGGCCCAAGUUAUCUUCCGCCGCGUCGGCGAUUGUUUAAAAGGUUUUUGCUGAACGUUUUUUUCGGCGAGAACUUUCGUCGCUAACUUUUUACACAGUAAAGGCCCAACGGAACGAGAUUGCGUGUUUGCUCAGUGUGCACCACGUGUGCGUGUCAUGCUUUGUUUUUUUUUUUUUUUUUUUUUUGCACGUCCCACGCGCUGUGUGCAUAUUUCCCCUUUUUUAAUGAUACUACAUGCACAAAUAAUUAAACACAUUUUAUGACGUUAAACUUUUGAAAAGCGCUCGUGCGGUUAUUUCGUAUUGAAUUUACACCACUGUAGAUUUAAAGGUUUGGCGGUUGUUGGCCGCUGCGGGGCGAAUGAGCAUAUCGUCGUGGCGUUCGCUUCGCGCAACGGUGUAGAAAAAAACUGCCCAGUGUUAUGAACCGUUUAGGUGAUUUUACAGAAAUGUUCACAAAGUUAUGAACCGUGCAGGUGAUUUCGCAAAAAAGUGCCUACCUCUUAUGAACCGUGCAGGUGAUUUCGCAAAAAAGUGCCUACCUGUUAUGAACCGCGCAGGUGAUUUCGCAAAAAUGGACGCACUGCUACUAUCGCUCACACCACUUCACCGCUGCUGCUGCGAGCCAAGCGGACAAAACCAAAUUAAUUUCAUAAAAUUUUAAUUGCGAAAGGGGGAGUGCUUUCGUGAAUUAGGUAAACAACUUGGAGGAGUCCCCCCUAGGGGGGAGGGAGUAAAUAAGAUCGUCGCUCUUGGUCCGCGCAAAAGGAUUUGUAAAGGAGGGGAGAGAAGAGGGAGACUU